CACAAAAAGAGGGAUAGAAAAACAAUUGGCUGAAUUUUAGCGUAUCAUUCUAUAAAGUUAUCAUUCUCACAUCCGAAAGAAAACUUAAAAAAUGGCAAAUUUGAGUGGAAUUGAGACUUUGUAUAAAGAGUUAAAAACCGAAUGGUCCAAAAAACCUCAAAAUCUAAAGAAAUGUGGACAAUUGUUGGAUGUUUUAAAGGUCGAACUAACCAAAUUGGCUUUCCUGCCCACUGGCGAUACGAAAACAAGCAAAAAUGAAAUGGUCUUAGCUCGUGAUGUUCUCGAAAUUGCCGUGGAAUACAGCGUCGCAAAUAAGGACAUACCGGCAUAUGAAAGAUACAUGUCCCAACUAAAAUGCUAUUAUUAUGACUACAAGCAAAAAAUUGGAGAGUCCGAAAAUAUGUACAAAUUAUUGGGAAUAAAUCUGCUUUAUUUGCUGUCUGUAAAUCGAGUUUCCGAAUUUCACACAGAAUUGGAGUUGUUAUCGGCCGACACUAUCCAAAAUAACAAAUAUAUUCGUCCUAUAUUGGCAUUGGAACAGUACAUAAUGGAAGGACGCUAUAAUAAAAUUUUCCAAGCAAAGAGUUCAGCGCCUUCGGAAAUAUAUAACCACUUCAUGGAUAUUCUACUUAACACCGUACGUGAUGAAAUCGGGGCUUGUAUAGAAAAAUCUUAUGAAAAGAUAUCUGCUAAAGAAGCAGCGAAACGGUUGAAUCUCAAUUCUCUUGAGGAGGUCAAAACUUUUGGCCAAAAACGGAAUUGGAAUUUGGGACCUGAUGGAAUUUACAAUUUUGUGGAAAAAACUGCCAAGCCCAAAGAAGUAUUACCAUCAGUUGAGUUGGCAGAGCAAGCUAUUUUUUAUGCUCGCGAAUUAGAAAUGAUUGUUUAAUUGUAAUUAAUAUAAAAGUAGUUUGUACUAAUCUGGGAAAUAAAUAUAAUAACUUGCUAUAA